UCAAAGCGUGUCGUCAGAGACCAACUCUGAUUUUAAGCAGAUAAACAAUUCUGUUUUCGUUUUACCGAUACCAUUAACGAAAGACUUAGGAGUAAAUUAAUUUUAUAGAAGAGGAUUAGGUUUCACCUAAUCUUUGCAGUAAUUAUAAUUGUUUACCGUUGCAUCUACGUUCUCCAACUUUAUUAAAGUUAACGCUAUUUGGUUUGGUCAAACAUUCUUUUGCAACCUCGUGUCUCGAGACCGUCGAAUCUGUCUCUUUAUGACAUCAUUUGUUUUCAUUUAUAAAGAAACAAAACAAGUGAUACUGUAAAAAAUCUGCAAUUCUGCAUCCUCCCUACCUCCUCUCUCAGCUUCAUAUCUCUCUCAACCAAGCAAACAAGAAGUGGAAGAAGGAAUCCUUUUGCAUUUUUGGACAUUUUCUGUUUCCAAAUUGUGUGUGAAGCUGCUUAGAUGACUUGGUUUCUUCUUCCAACGUUGGUAGCUUGUUGUGUUUGUAAGAUCUGAGAUGGGCGAGCCGCUAGGACUGCUCCAGGUGACUGUUAUUCGAGGAAAGAAACUGGUUAUCAGAGACUUCAAGUCAAGUGAUCCUUACGUGAUUGUCAAACUGGGAACUGAGUCAGCCAAGACCAAAGUGAUCAACAACUGCUUGAAUCCUGUGUGGGAUGAGGAACUGAGCUUUACACUCAAAGACCCUGCAGCAGUUCUCUCAUUGGAAGUGUUUGAUAAAGAUAGGUUCAAGGCAGAUGACAAGAUGGGUCAUGCCACUCUCAGCCUUCAACCGCUCAUCUCAGUAGCCAGGCUAAGGCAUAUAGUGCGUGUCUCCUCUGGCGAGACAACUCUUAGGAAAGUGUUACCUGAUUCUGACAACUGUGUAUCUCGGGAGAGCACAAUCAGCUGCAUAGACGGAGAGGUGGUGCAGAGCGUGUGGCUGAAGCUGUGCGCUGUUGAAUCGGGUGAGAUUGAGUUGAAGAUCAAGUUGAUCGAUCGUCCUGGAACAAAGUAGAAUGAAUGCACAUGUGUGGGGGUAAUGUUAGUUUGUAGCAAGCAACUCGUUUGUCUAGUGAUAACUGCAACAUGUAAUGGUCUUUGUGUUCCAAAUGAGUGUGAAAUGGCUUUCAAGGCUUUAAAGCUUUUUGCCUUUGUUCCACAACAUGUAAUGCCAAUUAAUGUUUUCUCAAUACAAGUCUCUUAAUGUCAA